CUGUGUUCCGCAAUUAAAUGUACGAUUGUGCCGUCGCGUCGUCAGUGAAGCACGUUUUUUUAAAGAAGCUUAGAACACACCCUGCUGCCACGAAACCGUGAAUCCAGUUCGGGCAGGAACAGAAUGACUUUGAGACAAAAUGAAAGCAAUCGGGCGCAAAGUGACCAAAAUGGAGAAGCCCGCACCGAAGUUGUGGUCCAAACACGCUGCCUGCACAAAUGGAACGAGACGAUGGUACGGUUACCACAGUCCCGGCAGGAGGUAAAAGUUACGCAACCGGUAUUCAAUCUAACCGGAGGGUACAACAUCGCAAACUCAAUCCUGACGAUGUGCGUCCAAAACCUGUGCCAGCAGGUCCUCAUACUGCGCACAAUAUAUCUGUACUACGAUCGAACGAAACGCAUCAAACUGUUCGACGGGAUCAUCCGAAUGGUGCCGGGUUUCGAGUAUGAGGGCGAUCAAAAGAUUCCUCAGCACCCGGAAUGCACCGGCGGCGGGUACACUGUGGUGUGUUUAGCAGAGAUUUCACCAACAAAGAUUCGGUUGAGAGAAAUUUCGUCCAUUCACAUCCUAAAGCCGCGGGUUCCUCGUGGAGACCCGCUGGCCCUGAGAAAGACGAGCUUCUUCCUUUCGGAUGACGUCAAGGAGGUGUACCGCAAUCAGUUGCUGGCAAACAAUCACUAUUCGCGGCCAGCCAAACUGUGGUUAGAAAAGUUUAACCGAUACAAAACCCAAGGGUUACUCCCGAACAACUACGUCGAGUAUUUGCGAAUGCUGGAUCAAAUCCAAGAGAUCGACGAUGAAACCGAGUUGGCUACAUACACCAUCCCGAAAGCACGGUUGAUUCCAUCAGAUUUCUCAUCCCUUUACUGGAUUUCCGUCACGCAGUUCCCAGUGCCGCCGGUGCGAUUAACCGUGGGCGAUCAUGUGAAGGCUCUAAAUUUUGCAUUCGAUAGACGAGGGGUAACGCAGGCCGAUGCGGUGCGAGGAAUCAUUUGGGAGUGCAGUACUUCCAUGACUAUCAAGACGGAACGUUCACUAGAUAUCGGACGCCGGGUGCGUCUUGAAUUCCCGCUCAAUCGAGUACCGUUCUUGCUAGAGUAUCAGGCGCUCAACCGCCUCAGCUGCAUCGACAUCCCCAACGUUCUGUUUCCACAGGGAGAAAACACCACAAACGAACCGUUGGUAGAGCCCAUUGAACAAUUUACAUGGUUCGACAGUCGGAUCGCAACGAACAGGCUGCAGCAGGGCGCAAUAAAAAACAUUGUCAACCGAACGGCCUUCCCCGCACCGUACAUUAUUUUCGGUCCCCCGGGGACCGGCAAAACGUGCACCAUCGUGGAGGCCGUGCUACAGAUUUACAAAACGAGACCAAACUCCCGAAUACUGGUAACGGCCACGUCCAACUAUGCGUGCAACGAGCUCACGAAGAGGCUACUGAAGUAUGUAGCGGUAGCCGACAUCUUUCGCUACUUUUCGGCGGCCAAAGAGCGCGACAUCAACCAGAUCGACGCUGACAUACUGUACAUAUCGAACCUGCACACCGGCAAGUUUGAGUUCCCGUGCAUGAACGAUUUUCUCCAAACGCGCAUCCUGGUGGCCACGGUCAUAACCAGUGGACGCCUGCUGUCGCUAAGGGUUUGUACGAAGAUUUACAACUACAUUUUCAUCGACGAAUGUGGCAGCUCGAAGGAACUGUCCGCGCUGGUUCCGAUCGGCUGCGUGGGCGUGGAUCAAAUGGCCCGACGGAUGCAGGCCAGCGUGGUGUUGGCCGGUGACCCCCAACAACUCGGCCCCGUUACACACUGCCAGCUGUUAACAGAUACCGUACACAGCGAGUCACUGUUAGACCGGUUGAUGAGAAUGCCGUUUUACGGUCGAAAUGCAGUCAACGCGUACAACACCAAGGUGGUGACAAAGUUGCUGGAUAACUACCGUUCGCAUCCGUCGCUUUUCCAGUUCUCCAACGAACAGUUCUAUGAGGGGGAACUGCGUGCGAAAGCGCACACUGCCACCAGUCACUGGGCCAUUGGGUGGGACAUGUUACCGAAUCCCGAGUUUCCCCUGAUGUUCCAUUCGGUCGUAGGAAACAUGAUACAGGAUCAGUGUACCCUUAGCUACAUGAACAAGGAUGAAGCGUUUCUCGCCCUGCAGUACGCCCAGCUGCUGAUGGGUGGCAGUGUCAAUGGCAAGAUACUCUCCCAAAGCGAAAUCGGGAUAUUGACACCUUACUCCAGCCAGGUUGCUUACAUUAAAAACGGGCUCGCGUUGCUCGGCUUGGAGGACAUCGAGGUUGGAUCCGCGGAGCAGUAUCAGGGCAGAGAGAAAGCGGUCAUGAUCGUAUCGACGGUCCGAUCUCACCGAAGCACGGUUGGCUUUUUGGCCGACACGCGCCGUUUAAACGUGACGAUGACACGGGCGAAAGCUCUGAUGAUAAUUAUUGGCAAUGAGGACAAUCUGUCGCAGGAUCCUACCUGGAAGAAACUUUUAUCGUUUAUCAUUUCGAAUAAGGGCUUGCGAAGUAAGCAACGCCAGCACAAUUUCCCGUACAAAAACGCACCCUAUGGCAAAGGCAAGAAGGCACAAAGAGCUCAAGUUAAUUAGUUUAAGAUUGACCGUGACUAGGGUGUUAAACUGCAAAACAUGACGACUUCCAGCCCAGAAGGAAUGGUCGUAAGAACUUACGACGACCGAAAUUUGAAUUAAAUCCGAAUAACCACGACGAUGGAAUGAAAACGAUUGGCCUAAAUGUGAAGGCACAAAGAGCUCAAGUACAUAAAUUUAGUUAGUUUAAGAUUGUCCGUGACUAGGGGGUUAAACUGCAAAACAUGACGGCUUCCAUUGUAAUGAAAAUAAUCGUAAGAACUUACGAGGGACGGAAUUCGAAUUAAAUCCGAAUAACCACGACGAUGGAAUGAAAACGGUUGGCCUAAAUGUGAAGGCACAAAGAAUUCAAGUACAAAAAUUUAGUU